AAUCAUCCAAACACUGCCCUAAUUUUACGCUUCGAUUUCCCUUCCCCCGAUUUUCCCCCUCUGCUCCGUCAAUGGCGCUCCGGAGAUCCAUUUCCAAGCGCUUUCUUGAUGGUUUCAGAACUAAUUCUUCUCCAUCGCCUAUCAAUUUGACCUCCCGCCGCGACUACAUUUCUCCUCCGCCCGAUUCCGCCGGGAAGUCCGUUUUCAGGCGCUUUCUUCAGAGGAGAGCGAUCUAUCAUUCUCCUUCUGCUGCUCGGAUCCCCGAGUUGUUGACUCUUCCAUUAGGCGAUGAUCUCAGAGAGAAACUCGGAGGUCGCAACAUUAGUGCCGAUCGAAUCCGCCUCGACGGCCUCAUUCCUCCGUCGUCGUUCGAUAAUGAACGCUCUGUUUCUGGAUGUGGUAUCUCGAUCGACGAUGCUAGGAAGAUCAUUAGGCUAUCGCAGAUCGAAAAACUAAAGGCGAAAUUGAGAAAUAUUCAGAAGAGUUCGAUCUCGUACUCCGAGUUCUUUCGGAUCUGUGUUGAAGAUUGUGGGAAUAAGGAUCAGGGCGCCGAAUUCGCCAAGUUGUUGGAUGAAUCUGGAAGCGUCAUUGUCAUUGGAAAUAUCGUGUUCCUCCGGCCGGAUCAGGUGGCUAAAUCAAUGGAAACGAUGAUAUCUGGAUCAAUAGCGAGACCAGACGACCCAAGGUUGAAACAACUAGCCCAAAUGGAGAGGCAAAAGGAAAUAAUCGACAAAAAGGCCAAGGCCCAGGUUCAAGGCGAGCUCUUUUGUGGAUUGGGCCUUCUCGUGGCCCAAACAUUGGGCUGCAUGAGGCUCACUUUCUGGGAGCUAAGUUGGGACGUAAUGGAGCCCAUUUGCUUCUUCGUGACAUCCCUUCACUUUGCCCUUGCCUAUGCCUUCUUCCUUACAACCUCCACAGAGCCCACUUUUGAAGGCAUCUUCCGACGUCGUUUUAAGGCAAAGCAAAAGAAACUCAUGGCCUCUCAGAAUUUCGACAUCAACAACUACAAUGAACUGAAGAGAAUUUGCUAUCCAAGCUACCCAACUCAACAAGAACCCUUGUUUUCCAAUGCCCAUACUCUAUCAUAAGACUUUUUUGUAAAUUUAAUAAUUCCAUUUUUUUUUUCUCUUCUAAAAUCGGAGCUUUAGGAUUCAGCUUUUUUUUUUCUUUUUUAUUUGAGUGUCUUGAUCUAAAUCGGCUUUGGACAUGAUACAUCGAUUCGUAUCAUGUAUUGUAUAGGACCAUUGAAAAAAAAAAUUAAUAUAAAAACGAGAUUGUAAUUUUUUUU